UGAUAAGAACGAAGUUGAAGAGACGAAGAGUAGAUUUUAGGUUUUUCAAGUGAUAAUUAGUAUUGAAUGCUAUAAUUAUGGCUUUAGUCAUUUCCUAAACAUAUUUUCGGAAUUUCAAACCGAAAAAUAAUAUUUGUGUUGUAAUGAAACGUUCUUUCUAUCUACCUCUGAAAAUAAUAAUCUUUAGUUUCAAUACUUUUCGAAUAAAUUUUCCAUCAGUAGCCACGUUAGUUCAUAAAAAUGGAUAAUUCAGCUAACGAAAGUUCAGACGAUGAGAAAAAGAUAAUGAAUUCAUCAUGGAAAAGGAUGCAGAACAUGCAUCUUACUGAUGGUUUUCGUGAAGGUGCAAUCGCAGGGAAAGAUAAACAGUACCAAUUGAGUUUCGAUGAUGGAUACACUACAGCUUUCCAAAAAGCUUUCGAUGUGGGAUAUAAUAGUGGCGUAGAAAGGAUCCAGUUAUUCCUUCUGAAAAAAGAUCGCAAAUCUAGUUCAAUGCAAAAGCUGCAAACUUCAUUGGAUCAUCUAUGUACUACUUGCAAUGGCAAAUGAUAGGCUGAGCACCAAGUAGCCAUCUCAUUAAAUAAUAUUGCGCCUGUUUAUAUCCAAUAACACUUGAAUGUGACGAAUUAAGAUUGAAAUAAAUUAUAAUUCGUGGAGUGUUA